AUGGGUGGAAAUCAGCUUAGUAUGGCUUAUCUGAUGUUAGAACAAGCUCAAAAGGUAGAAUUCAAAUCUAAGGCUAAUUUGGACAUGAAUUUACUUUAUUUUUCAAAAAUAGUCCUGCAGUGUCUACUCACCUUUCUUAGCAAGCCCUUUUUCCAGCUUGUAAAAUUACGGAAACUUGGACUCAGUGAUAAUGAAAUUCAGCGGCUCCCUCCAGAAAUAGCAAACUUUAUGCAGCUGGUAGAACUUGAUUUAUCCCGAAAUGAAAUUGCUGAAAUUCCAGAAAGCAUCUCCUUUUGCAAAGCACUACAGAUAGCAGACUUCAGUGGGAACCCGCUGACCAGGUUGCCGGAAAGCUUUCCUGAAUUACAGAAUCUAACGUGUCUUUCUGUAAAUGACAUCUCACUGCAAGCACUACCUGAAAACAUUGGCAAUCUUUUUAACCUGGCUUCCUUGGAACUAAGAGAGAAUCUGCUGACAUACUUACCAGAAUCACUCACUCAGCUGCAGAGACUAGAAGAACUUGAUUUAGGAAACAAUGAACUUUAUAACUUGCCCGAAACAAUUGGUGCACUUCUCAAUCUUAAAGAUCUCUGGCUGGAUGGAAACCAGUUAGCUGAAAUCCCUCAGGAAAUAGGAAAUUUGAAAAACCUGCUAUGUCUGGAUGUGUCUGAAAAUAAAUUGGAAAGACUUCCUGAAGAGAUCAGUGGCCUGAUUUCCUUAACAGAUUUGCUCGUUUCUCAGAAUUUACUUGAGGUCCUACCUGAUGGUAUUGGACAUUUAAAGAAGCUGUCUAUCCUGAAAGUUAAUCAGAACAGACUUGUUCAGUUGACAGAAGCAAUAGGAGACUGUGAAAGCCUUACUGAACUUGUUUUAACAGAAAACCAGCUGCUGAAAUUGCCGAAGAGCAUCGGAAAACUAAAGAAGCUGAAUAAUUUGAAUGUUGACAGAAACAAAUUAAUGUCUUUGCCCAAAGAGAUUGGGGGGUGCUGCAGUCUUAAUGUCUUUUCUGUGCGUGACAACAGAUUAUCUCGAAUUCCCUCUGAGAUUUCACAAGCCACUGAACUGCACGUCCUGAAUGUAGCUGGAAACAGGCUGAUGCAUCUUCCUCUGUCACUGACUUCCUUAAAGCUGAAGGCUUUGUGGUUGUCUGAUAACCAGUCCCAGCCUUUGCUGAUGUUCCAGACUGACACGGACCCUGAAACUGGAGAGAAAAUUUUAACAUGUGUAUUACUUCCUCAAAUGCCUUCUGAGCCCAGCUGCCAAGAUAAUCUGCCCCGGUGUGGUGCAUUUGAGAGCUUGGUAAAUGAAAUGUCAGAUGAAACAUGGAAUGAGCGUGCAGUAAACAGAGUCAGUGCAAUCCGCUUUUUGGAAGAUGAAAAAGAUGAAGAGGAUAGUGAAAUGAGUACACUUCUAAGGCGAGCCACUCCACAUCCUGGAGAGUUAAAGAACAUGAAAAAGACAGUGGAGAAUUUACGGAAUGAUAUGAAUGCUGCUAAAGGACUGGAUUCAAACAAAAACGAGGUCAAUAAUGCCAUUGACAGAGUGACCACUUCUGUGUAGAGUCUCAUCUCCAGGUUUUACCUCCUGUGUCUUCCCCUGCUGUUGAAAUGUUCCUGUCGUCUUCUGGGACUUCAUUCAGCCCCCUUUGUUUUUAACCAAAACCUAUUCAUCAUCUCCUUGUAUGUGGAAGGUGCUGCUCACUGGAAGAAAGUGCCUUAUUUCAGCCAGGCAUUGAACCAAUAAUUUCCAAAUCAAUAUUGUACUUUUAAUAGUUAAAUUCGUUUUUAAUAGGGUACAAUACUGUAUACAUAGUGCUGUAUUUUUGUCUUACAUGUGGAGAAAUAUGAUUUUUCCUAAGUGCUGUGGUAUUUUCUUCCCAGUUGCUAGUUAUGCUGGUGAGAAAUACAGUUUUAUGUGGAAAAUGGAUACAUUUUUACUCUUCGGCAGCUCAGAUGGUGUACAUUUUAAAAUUUUGUAUAGAAGUUUCAUAACAAUAUGGUGUAUUUCAUUUUUAAAAAAGAAAUUUAUCUUAAUCGGUACAUAUUUUAGUAUUGUGGAAGAGAACAUGAGUUUCACGGACAGUUGUAUUCAUUUGUUGUUUAUAUUGCCCACUUGUGCCUUAAUGUGUCUUGUAUGUCAGACGAGUCUUAAAAGAAAACUGAAUCCUUGGGCAGAAGAAGAAGUUUUAAAUGGGGUGGCUGUCUGGAUGUGUUCAUUUCAAGCAGUAAUUAACAUUUGGAGUAUU